AUGGCAUCCUACGGCAACGUCGGCGCCCAAGCAAUUCAUAACUUCAUCGAGCAGCACAGAAAUUCAGCGCCUGGUUCCGAACAGCUGCCACACUUGCACCACGGCGAUGACCCCCGAUGGGCCCCGACAGCGACGGCCGCCGAUGUCCUAGGCAGUUCCGAUCGUUCUCAGGACGACGACACCCUGUCUGAAGGCACGACCACCUCGACUGUAACGUCAGAGACGUACACCACCAUUUCCCGCUCCCUCUCCAGCAAUGCCAGCCGAGGAAGCGAGACGACAGGCAUCACCACGCCCAAUGACAGCCCCCGCUUCCCGCCAUCGGUCGUCGGUCUUCCGCCAUUCCAGACUCAGGCUCUCAGCACCGCAACCCCUGGCCAGACCCUCUGGUGCGAGUUUGGCGAGCUCUUGGGCUGCGCUGCGACCUUUCGUCUCGAUGACGAGGCAGGGUGGAUUGAACACCAUGUCGACCAUCUGAAAAACAAGUUCCCCAAGCAACUCGUGUGCUGGUUUUGUGAUCAUGUCCCAUUCGUCGCCGGGCGCCCCAACGAAGCCUUCGCCAAUUUCGUGGAACGCAUGCAGCAUAUAAGGGAGCACAUCCUCGGCGACCACCGUCUCACGAGCGAGUCCAUGCGGCCCGACUUCCAUCUCGUCCGACACCUGUACCAGAAUGGUCUCCUGGGUGAAUCAAGGUACAGGCAGGCCAUGUCCUACAGCGAGCUACCGCCUGCGUUCCGCUUGCCAGGUGACCAUUCAAGCUCGCCGCCAUCAUCGCCGCCAUCAUCGCGUCAGCCACUUGGCCAAAGGGCUAGGGUGCAGUUCCACGACCUCGACAAGGAAGAGCGUCGUAGACGAAGAGAGAGACAGGCUUCGGACCGCAGACGAUGGGUGAUGGAAACGAACAAACCGUUGGAACAACACACCUGA